AGGACGUUACCUCAGCAACAGCAACAUUGUAAUAAACACCUGUAACGAACAGCGUUGGUCAGAAAAAAAGUGCAUAACCUGUGUUUGAAUAUUCCUCAAUAGGCUGGACUUUAUUGAACAAUUUUGGGACAAAUGAUUUGCUGAAGUUGACUGGACUAUUGUGGGAUAUUAAAACUUGAAGAUGCCGGCUGAUAUUUUGGAGAAAGCCUCCCCAUCCUCUGUUGCAGCCACCCUGUCGAGCGUAAAUGGAAAUCCGGAUAAACCAAGGACUGCCUCAGAGCACAGAAAGGUAAGCCUACAGAAAAGCACGAAAGAAAACGAUUCUUUUUUUUAUAUGUCAAUUGUUGUUAAUAAGUUACAUGUCUAAUAUUCGAUAAGUUACAUGUCUAAUAAUCAUGUGGUUUGUUUUUUAUUUGAAGUCAUCUAAGCCAAUUAUGGAGAAGAGGAGACGUGCGCGAAUCAACGAAAGCCUUGGACAGCUCAAGACCCUCAUACUGGACGCUCUAAAGAAAGAUGUACGUAAAAAAAAAAAGCUUUUAUAAUCAUAGACAUUUAUGUCUACGACAUAUGCUUCUAUAAUGAUGAUAAUUUGAUGGAUUGGAACGAAGCUCAAAUAGAUUAUGAAUCAUGUGUAACUUUCUUCUUGAUGUCUAUUUAGAGCUCCAGGCAUUCGAAGCUGGAGAAGGCGGACAUCCUUGAGAUGACUGUGAAGCACCUAAGGAACCUGCAGCGUCUUCAAAUGACUGGUAGGUUUUUUUGGAUCGUUUAUUGAUUACGGUCAUUCUAGACAUGCAUGUUUAAAUUGCAUCUGUGACUGUGCCCAUUUGGCGGGCACAGCAGUUCCCACGGUACUAUUGACAUACGUCCAUCAAAGCUAUUCAUAGACCUACUGAGUAUUAUAUAAUUACAUUUCAAGGAUUUUCUGAACAAUAUAUCCUCAAAUAAAUCAUAUUAUUUCACUUUACAGGUGCUAUAAGCACGGAUCCAUCAGUCCUUGGCAAGUACAGAGCGGGAUUCAGCGAGUGCAUGAGUGAAGUCACCCGUUUUCUGUCCACAUGUGAAGAGGUGAACAUGGAGGUCAGUGCCCAACUUCUCAGCCACUUAGCCGGCUGUGUGUCACAGAUCAACACCGUAAACUACUCAACUCAUCGCCAGAUCCCCACCUACCCUCCGCAUCCAGCGCAUCCAACGCUUGGCCAAGCCAUUGUGCAAAUCCCAAGUGCGUCGCCUCAGUUGAAUGUAAUCAUGCCUUGCAAAAGUGGCUCGCCAAUGAACUUCACAUCAGAAGUGGCUAAAUUAUAUAGUGGACUUCAGAUUGUGUCAGCGACAGAUGGACAAUUCGCCUUUCUGAUUCCAAGCACGGCCCUUGCGCAUAUGAGCGUGCCAAACGCGCUACAUGGCAAUCCAGCAGUUGCGGUGGCGGUGUCACCUGUUGUAUCUCCCAGCACUGCAGACUCCGUGUGGAGACCAUGGUAG